AUGUUGCAUGAUCGUGUGGUUUCACGUUCUUAUUCUUUGUCUAGUUCAAAAUUAUCUCGAUGUGUUUUGUUUCUCUCACUCUCUUAUAUUUUCUUCGUGCAAAUGUAUGCUUCAGCAAACCGCUUACAACAAGUUCGAAAGCCAGGUCCAACUCCAGGGCCAAAUCCAUGUCCAAGUCCAGAGCCAAAGCCAGGUCCAAGUCCAAGGCCAGCACCUACCCCAACGCCACCUGGUGCACGCAACACGACGUUUCCUGCCAUAUUUGCAUUUGGGGAUUCAAUCGUAGACACAGGAAAUAACAAUUACAUUUUAACGUUGGUCAGAGCUAAUUUUCUGCCUUACGGUAUGAAUUUCCCACACGGAGUUCCCACCGGCAGAUUUUGCAAUGGAAAAAUCCCUUCUGAUUUUAUAGCGGAAUUCUUAGGAAUAAAACCAGUUUUACCACCAUACUUGAGACCGGGACUGACCCGAGAAGAUCUCCUCACUGGUGUCUCCUUUGCUUCGGGUGGUUCUGGCUAUGAUCCUUUGACACCUAUAGAAGUAAGGGCGAUACCGAUGUCGGACCAAUUGACAUAUUUUCAAGAAUACAUCGAGAAAGUGAAAGGCUUUGCGGGAAAAGAGAAAGCUGAACACAUAAUAUCCAAAAGCCUAGCUAUUGUGAUUGCGGGCAGCGAUGAUCUAGCCAAUACAUACUAUGGUACACAUACAGAAGAAUUCUUAUAUGACAUCGAUUCAUAUACCUCUUUUAUGGCUACCUCUGCUGCAAGUUUCGCUAUGCAACUAUAUGAAUCUGGAGCAAGAAAAAUAGGAUUCAUUGGUGUUUCGCCAAUCGGGUGUAUACCAAUUCAGAGAACCGCAAGAGGAGGACUUCAUAGAAAGUGUGCUGAUGAAGUAAACGUUGCAGCUCAGCUUUUUAAUUCCAAACUCUCUACAAGUUUGCAUUCAAUGGCUGAAACCUUGAAGAACGCCACUUUGGUGUAUAUUGACAUCUACUCUCUCUUCACUCAUAUGAUCCAAAAUCCAGAGGAAUAUGGAUUUGAUGAGAUUGAUAAAGGAUGUUGUGGGACAGGGCUGAUCGAAUUAGGUCCGCUUUGCAACCAAUUUACAUCACUUCUUUGUAACAACGUGUCUUCUUAUAUGUUUUGGGACAGUUACCAUCCAACAGAACGAGCUUAUAGGAUUUUAACCAAAAAGUUUGUAGAGGAUGACCUGAGCCCUUUCUAUGACAAAUAA